UCGGGCUGGACUCCGGGCAGAGGCACAUCGGGCUGGACUCCGGGCAGAGGCACAUCGGGCUGGACUCCGGGCCGAGGCACAUCGGGCUGGACUCCGGGCCGAGGCACAUCGGGCUGGACUCCGGGCAGAGGCACAUCGGGCUGGACUCCGGGCAGAGGCACAUCGGGCUGGACUCCGGGCAGAGGCACAUCGGGCUGGACUCCGGGCAGAGGCACAUCGGGAGAUUACCAGGUGAAGCAGCAGGCACCGGGCCCCCAGGCGGGGCGACAGGCAUCAGGCCCCCAGGUGGGGCGACAGGCAUCGGGCCCCCAAGCGGAGCGGCGGGUGCCGGGCAUCCGGCUGAGUAGAGGCAUCAGGCUGAAUAGAGGCUUCAGGCUGAGUAGAGGCUUCAGGCUGAGUAGAGGCUUCAGGCUGAGUAGAGGCUUCAGGCUGAGUAGAGGCAUCAGGCUGAGUAGAGGCUUCAGGCUGAGUAGA